GCGUAUUAUCAGCGCUUGCGCACCUGACGGCGCCCAGCAUCGAGCGAGUGUGCGUUCGAGGCGGACGCGUCGAGCUCCGUUGUGUCAAAAUUCCUAGUGCACACACAGACAGAGAGUUUGAUUAGCGAAUUGGUGGAGGGACGAAGUGCUAGCGGCGCGAGUCUGUGCUAUUAUGUCCAGUGGACGGCGGCAGCGUCGCGACCCCAUCAGGUGCUAGUUGGGGUGAGUGCAAGUUUCGGCCACGGACGACACCAUCAGCCGGCGCGACGUUUUGCACGGAGGGGACCUGCAGGAUGGGGUGCACUUCUUCGGCGGAGGAGCGGGCGGCCCUGGCCCGCAGCAAGCAGAUCGAAAAGAACCUCAAAGAGGACGGCAUCCAGGCCGCCAAGGACAUCAAGCUGCUCCUGUUGGGCGCCGGAGAAUCAGGGAAGAGCACGAUAGUCAAACAAAUGAAAAUUAUCCACGAAAGUGGGUUUACAAGCGAAGACUUCAAACAAUACCGACCUGUGGUGUAUAGCAACACUAUUCAAUCCCUUGUGGCCAUCCUGCGGGCCAUGCCAAACCUCGGAAUCAGCUACGGCAACAACGAGCGAGAGAUCGAUGGUAAAAUGGUUUUCGACGUUAUCCAAAGGAUGGAAGACACGGAACCUUUUUCCGAAGAACUCCUCGCCGCCAUGAAGCGGUUAUGGGCUGAUUCGGGGGUUCAAGAAUGUUUCGGUCGUUCCAACGAAUACCAACUGAACGAUUCCGCUAAAUAUUUCCUGGACGAUCUGGACCGAUUAGGUGCCAAAGACUAUCAACCUACGGAACAGGACAUCCUCCGCACAAGAGUCAAAACGACGGGGAUCGUCGAAGUGCAUUUCUCGUUUAAAAACCUCAAUUUCAAAUUAUUCGAUGUGGGUGGUCAGAGGUCAGAAAGAAAGAAGUGGAUUCACUGUUUCGAAGACGUGACGGCAAUUAUUUUCUGCGUAGCGAUGAGCGAAUAUGAUCAAGUCCUGCACGAGGAUGAAACGACAAACCGAAUGCAGGAGAGCUUGAAGCUUUUCGAUUCGAUCUGUAACAACAAGUGGUUCACGGACACGUCUAUAAUCCUCUUCCUUAAUAAGAAAGACUUGUUCGAGGAAAAAAUUAGGAAGUCGCCUUUAACAAUAUGUUUCCCCGAAUACGCAGGUGCGCAAGAGUAUGGCGAAGCAGCGGCGUACAUCCAAGCACAAUUCGAAGCGAAGAACAAAUCGACAACAAAAGAAAUCUACUGCCAUAUGACCUGUGCCACAGACACGCAUAAUAUCCAGUUCGUAUUCGACGCAGUCACUGAUGUGAUCAUAGCUAAUAAUCUGCGCAACUGCGGCCUCUACUGAGAAACCUCUCAUUACUAUUCCUUUUCAUACAUUAUUGACUUUAGUACAUGGUUAAACCAAAAAAAUACAACAGACAUGGUAGUGCCGGUGUAUUUGCUAAACGUUGCGGUAUUUCUCGGCCAGGGGAAGUCCCGGCAACGUUUGCUGUUAUAAUUGUACCAAAGUUGAGUGAGAUGUGUUCUUUUCUGUUGAUCGAUGACCUGGUUGGUGAGUUGACACAAUACAAGGGGUAGCUUUCCUGUGCUUGAUAAUAACAUCGGUUGACAAACAGUUUAUUUUUCUGUCGAUUUGUUUGACCUAAUCUGUGCACAAAAUAAUUUGUAUACAAGAUAGUGUGCCAUUAAGAAGAGAUUGCAUUUAUCAACGUAUUGUAGUUGCUUUCUUUUUCUUCUAAGUUAUUGUUUUUUUUAAUAUAUUACGGUUCAAUGUUAUUUAUGUUUGUAUAAUUUUAAUGAAUGAAAAGAGCUAUAUUGCAUAGAUUUAGUUACCAAAUUUGUAAAAACUAAGUAUGUGUUAAUGAUAAUGUGGAACCAAAUUAUUACUGUCUGGCUCAAGUAGCGUUCAUCUACAAUAUGGUAAUUAAUAUUAAUUAUAAUAAACAUUCUAACUAUAAAGCCUACUUGUGUGUAAUUAGUUUCGUCAAGUAUAAUACCAAAACAUAUUUUUCUAGAUUUUGUUAUUAUACUUUACUGUCCGAAUUGAAUCAGGAAAUUAUGGACCUUUAAAGAACAGAUGCAAAUAUAAUAUAAUACAUUAAUGUGUACAUAAAAACUAUAUGGCGCUUUAGCAGAUUUGGAGUAGCUUCAGUACCAUUUCGUAGUGUAGCCAGUGCAUUUACUUUGAUCAUACUGUAAUUUAAUGACAUGCAUUUUAAGUGAUACAUUCCUCUCUCGACUAUUUUGUAUCUCCCAUUUACGCUUUUUUUACAAGGAAACCAACAAAUUGUAAGUGUAUCUAAUUAUUCACUCUCUAAUUCACUAAAGCAGACGUUAUUUGAAUACAAUCAUCCAUUUUAGCGCAAAACUAGUAAUUGUCGUAUCAGUAUAUCAAAAGUAACGUAAAAUACAUAACUCCGACAAGUGGGCACUAAGCGACCUUUGUUCCUUGUUUAGAGUUUCGCCAAUUUUGUUGUGUAUUCUAUGUUAAUUUUGCGCAUACAACCAAACUGUUAUGUAAAUUGUAGUAUUUAAUAUCUGGUAGUAUCCUAUUGAGUCAUGAUUGAAUCUCUAGUCAGUUUAUUUUCUAAUUGUGACUACGGCAUUAUAACUUUUUUGUAAUUUAUUUCAAAAAUAAAAUAAGAUGUAACCCACAAUUGUUUUAAUGCAGGUUUAUGUUGUGCGACAUCUACACAGCUAGAGAAAAAGUAGUCCAAAAUGGACAAUUAAACUUGUAGGUAGGGUGCGGACAAUUUUCUUACUUUGAAUGCACAAAACGUGGACGAAAAAGUUGCUUUCCUAUUAAUUAUUAUCCAAACGAUUUUUCACACAUUUUUGUACUUGACGUCUCGUGGAUUUAAGACAUAUCUUUCAAUUGGUCCUCGGUUGUUUUGUCUUACUUCGACACGCUCAUAACGCUACAAUUACUAUUAUUAUUCGAAUUAAACCAUGAGACUGUCCAAGUUUUAGCCACAUGUACACGCAUACUAUUGACUUGUUGCUUUGUUGUGAAUAAGACUAAUUAUAAGAAGAUUAUUAAAGGUACGGCGCUAGUUAAAUGCAGUGAAUGAUGUACAUGUUUUCCAAUAUCAGUAAAUGUAACAUUCAUAACUGAGGUUGUUCUCUCAUUGUAUGUUUGUUUCUCUGUGAUGUGAAUACGAUAAAUAAAUUUUACCCAUUUCGAA